UGCCACUUUCAGGUCUCCUCACACUGCUGGUGUGUUUCCAUUUUUUGUCAUAGGGUGCUGCAGAUUACGGGCCUCCCAUAGCUGCUGCCAGCCCCUAAUCUGCCAUGGGCCCCUAUACCGCCUCCUCAUGCUGCUGCCAGGUCCAGAGUCUCUCAAUAGGGUCCCUGUACGCCUCCCAUUGCUGCUUUCUCCAUCCGCCACACUCUGCCAUGUGCCACUUUCAGGUCUCCUCACACUGCUGUGGUUUCCAUUUUUGUCAUAGGGUGCUGUAUGGCCUCCCAUUGCUGCUGCCUCCACCGCCACACUGUGGGCUCCACACUCUGGUUUUGGCCCCCGUGACUGCCCAAAUGAGUGAAGUGUGCGGUUAUUCUAAGAUCGACGGCACUCUCUGCAUGUCAUACUGACUGUCAGUAUUAUUUCUCUUCCCCCAGCAGUACUCCAAGGGCAUUUAAAUUAAAGGUACAGUGUGCUGCACUAAUAUAA